AUGUUUUCACCUCAAGCCUAUUCUCAACAUCUGAAAUAAGCAAAAAUCCCCAUAUGGUCAUAACAACAUAAAAAGAUAUUUAAACUAUUCUCUCACAAAUCAUUUACUGAAAUGCUUGACCAAUAUUCUAGUAAUUAUUAUAAGAAUGACAACUAAAAAACUCAGCAGAAAGUCAACCAAUUCAGUUUUUUCUAUUGA